CUGCUUGUUUCCCCUCUUGAAUGGCUCUUUCAUCAGGAUGUGUUGGGACAAGUGCUUUUUCAAGGCAGGAUAUCAGUGGAAGACACAGUGUUCCCUAAAAGCCAUCCAGUUCCCGGGGAGCAUCGGCAGCCGCGAUUCCUCUGCUCCACACAGAAAAUACGCUUGACCUUUUCUUUGCCAUCUGCUGGUUUGGUUUUUUAUGGGUUUAGAAGCAAAAGUAUGUGAGUUUUCCAGCUGGUUAUGAAUCUUUUCGAUUUUGCUGACUUCUGUCUGACGCUGGGGCCACCACGAUGCUGCCGCCGUGCAAAGAAAACCAGCCCGAAUUACCUCAGUGAGAGCUUUUUCAUGGUGAAAGGUGCAGCUCUUUUCUUACAGCAAGGAAACAGCUCCCAGGGCCAGAGAAGCCUCCAGCAUCCCCACAAGCAUGCAGGUGACUUGCCCCAGCACCUCCAGGUGAUGAUCAACCUCCUGCGCUGCGAGGACAGGAUCAAACUGGCCGUGCGUUUGGAGAGCGUGUGGAGCGACCGCGUGCGCUACAUGGUGGUGGUGUACAGCAACGGGCGGCAGGACACCGAGGAGAACAUCCUGCUGGGAGUGGACUUCUCCAGCAAGGAGAGUAAAAGCUGCACUAUAGGAAUGGUUCUUCGCCUGUGGAGUGAUACUAAAAUCCAUCUGGAUGGGGAUGGUGGCUUCAGCGUGAGCACUGCAGGGAGGAUGCACAUCUUCAAACCUGUGUCAGUGCAAGCCAUGUGGUCUGCUUUACAGAUCCUCCACAAAGCCUGUGAAGUUGCCAGGAGGUACAACUACUUCCCAGGGGGGGUGGCCUUGGUGUGGGCCACCUACUACGAGAGCUGCAUCAGCUCGGAGCAGAGCUGCAUCAACGAGUGGAACGCCAUGCAGGACCUGGAGUCCACCCGCCCCGACUCCCCCGCCCUCUUUGUUGACAAGCCGACAGAAAGGGAACGAACGGAGCGGCUCAUUAAAGCCAAGCUCCGGAGCAUCAUGACCAGCAAGGACCUGGAAAAUGUGACUUCCAAGGAGAUCCGAAAUGAGCUGGAGAAACACAUGAACUGCAACUUGAAGGAAUUCAAGGAAUUUAUAGACAAUGAGAUGCUGCUGAUCCUGGGUCAGAUGGACAAACCAUCCCUGAUUUUUGAUCAUUUGUACCUGGGCUCCGAGUGGAACGCUUCCAACCUGGAGGAGCUGCAGGGCUCGGGCAUUGACUACAUCCUGAAUGUCACCCGGGAGAUCGACAACUUCUUCCCGGGCCUGUUCGCGUACCACAACAUCCGCGUGUACGACGAGGAGACCACGGACCUGCUGGCACACUGGAACGAGGCUUAUCACUUCAUCAACAAGGCCAAGAAGAACCACUCCAAGUGCCUGGUGCACUGCAAGAUGGGCGUGAGCCGCUCGGCAUCCACGGUCAUCGCCUACGCCAUGAAGGAGUUUGGCUGGUCCCUGGAGAAGGCCUACAACUACGUGAAGCAGAAGCGCAGCAUCACGCGGCCCAACGCCGGCUUCAUGCGGCAGCUGCUGGAGUACGAGGGCAUUUUGGAUGCCAGCAAGCAGCGCCACAAUAAGCUGUGGAAGCAGCAGGCAGAGAGCAACCUGCCCCAGAACACCGACGGCACCACGGGCUCAGGAGACUUCUUACUGGAGAGCUUGGACAUUGACCUGGAAAACCGCCUGGCUGACCUGGACAUGCCUUCCCAGUCUGCCUACCUGGACAACCGGGCCGGCUCCGAGGGCUUCGGGUACUGCUUCCGCCGCCUCUCGGACACGCUGCUGGAGAACAAAAUUCCCGGCGACAGGGAGGGCUUCUUCCACAUGGAGCAGCUGGAGCGGGAUGCCCUGGUGGGACAACCUCCAUCUGCACCUUCCCAGGGGAGGCUGCUGGAGAUGGAAAAGGCCCCAGAGAGAGCGGAGCCACUGGCAGAGCUGGGCGGCUUCUGUGAGAAAGAGGCAAAGAAGAAGCUGGACUUCAGCCCCAGGAAGGGAAGGAUGGUCCUUGGGGAGCCAGGGGAGGACGGUGUGAGGGAGGAAAAUCCCAUGGAAAAGUGGAAGCGGCGUUUGUCCAUGCACAAGGAGGAGAGCAGGCUCAAUAGGGAGAACUUGAAUAACAACAACAGCAAAAGGAGUUGCCCAGAGGAUUUUGAGCACGAUGCCGUGUUUGGGAUCCUCAGCAAGGUGAAGCCUUCCUACCAGUCCUGCACUGACUGCAUGUACUCCUCAGCGGGGUUGGCCCCCGACCCCUUUGGGGAGCAGUGCGAGAGGCUCGGCGCCGCGCGGCGCAGCAGCACCAUCUGCACCCAGCCCCCCCUGCUGUCCCACCUGCACUCCCACCUGAUGGAACACCUGCCCAGCAGGGCACCCCCCGAGGAGCCAGGCAGGACUAAACAUAACGAGGCUCCGCUCCCUCUGGCACCAGGAGCCGGGGCCGUGGAGGUUGGCACGUGCAGGUCCCUGGAUCAGCACUGUGGCCUUUUGGAGAGAGGGAAAGAUGCGCCAAAAACCCCCGAGAAAACUCUGCUGCCCAGGAGAAACUCCCACUGUGACAGGAGCCUCCUUCACGCAGAGGUGGUGAGGGAAGAGUCUCUGGCCAGAAAGGACCCCAGACCUACCAAGGACCUGAAGUACCUGUUGUUCAGCAAAGACUUGGAAAAGCCGAGCGCCAACAGUUACUUGAUGCAGCACCAGGAGUCGCUGCUCCAGCUGCAGAAAGCAGGGUUGGUCAGGAAGCACACCAAAGAGCUGGAGCGCCUCAAGAGCCUGCCCUCAGACCCCUCAGCACUGCUCAGGGACAGCCCCCUGGGCAGGGUGGACUCCAGUAUCGUGGAGGAAAGCGAGGACUUGAUGGCCCAUCCUGGCCUUGUGCCUCUCCUGGCACCGGCCCCACUGGUGCCCGGAGAUGCCGAGAACGACGUGGAGAAGCUGGGGGUGAAGCGUGUCCUGGAGGGGAUCUCCCAGAAAACCUCCACACCAGCCAGCUGCCGCCUGGAGCACACGAGCAGCUUCACCAAGGACUUCCUGAAGACCAUCUGCUACACCCCCUCCUCCUCCCGCAGCUCCAACCUGACCCGGAGCUCCAGCAGCGACAGCAUCCACAGCGUGCGGGGCAAGCCCGGCCUGGUGAAGCAGCGCACGCAGGAGAUCGAGACCAGGCUGCGCCUGGCCGGCCUCACCGUGUCCUCCCCCCUGAAAAGGUCCAACUCCCUCGCCAAGCUGGGGUGUCUGAACCUGUCCUCCGAGGAUUUGUCGAGUGACGUGGACGUGGCCACCAUCACAGACUCCAAGGAGGCCGUGUCCAGCGAGUGCUCCGUGCUCUGUGAGCCCCCGCCGAGGAGCGCGGACGGCACCUCCAAACCAGGGGUGAAGCCUCUGCCUGGGAACUUGAAGAACACGCUGUGGAUGGGCAAAAGUUGAUGCUUUGCAGGGGGAGGAGGGGGCUGGAUUUUGGGGGUUUGCAGCAUUUAUUCAUUACACCAGUGCUGUUUUAUCAUCUGACUUGCAGCAGCUCAUCUGGUGCCACCUCCUCGUCCCCUCUUUGUGCUCCAAGAGAGGAGGAAAGAACCAUGAUGGGUCACAAUGAAGGGCACAAGGGAAAUAAAAUGUGUUGCAUGGCUUAGAGGAGGAUUUGGUGUGUGACUUGCCUGUUGUCCUGCAGGAUACUCUUCCUAGUACUGUUUGCCAAGUGUAAUAAUGUGGAUUUGUGUGUGGUUAUGGAUAGAUAUUUGUAUCUCUAUCUAUAUCUAAAAUGCUGAAAUACUCUGUUUCAAAGACUCAAAAUAAUUAUUCAUGACUUUUUUUUACAGAACAAACACAAGUCUCUGUUUAAACAGAGCACUUGUGGAAAAUCCUUAAAAUGGUGACACGCACACUA